GCGGCGGGGAGUCCGGGCUCGGGCUGCUGCGGGCGCCGGCCCGGCCGGGGGCGCUGACAAACGCGCGGAGAGCGGGGGAGGCCGGGGAGGUGUCAUCCUGCCAGGCCGGGUGAAAGUGCCUGGAAAGUUUGUUUUCGGCGCGGCGCAGCCUGGAGCCGGGCCUCCCCGGUUGCCUUUCGGGUCUCUGUGUGGAGGAACCGUUCUGGGCCUUCGCCUGGAACCGAGUCCUGGCGCUUCCGCCUGCAGGAGCAGCGGGAGGUGCGCGUUCCUGCCCAGGGCACCUGGCGCUCGCGGCCUUCGUUUCCGAAGUCUCGCUCGGAGCGAUCUAGUGAACUCUGUUGUCGCGCCCGGCGAGGGACGUUUGGGUGCUUUUCCUGCCUAUGACUCGGUUGUGGGAGGCCUGGGAGGCCGGGCUUGAAGGCAUCGCCACGGGCAAAGCGAGCUUGGCAGUAUGACGCUGUUCCUAUUCAGUCCAGUGUGGUGUUAUGUUCCUGCCCGUCCCCAUCAAUGGUGAGGACCCAGACUGAGUCCGGCACGGCCCCUGUCGUUCCCAGUGGUGGCAGCAGGCAGGGCCCCACCAUGGAUGGCACCACAACUGAGUCUCGGCCGAGCGCCAGCUCCCUGCAGCAUGCCACCCAGCCGCCACCACAGCCUCGGAAGAAACGGCCUGAAGACUUCAAAUUUGGGAAAAUUCUGGGUGAAGGCUCUUUUUCGACAGUUGUCCUGGCUCGAGAACUGGCAACCUCCAGAGAAUAUGCUAUUAAAAUUCUGGAGAAACGGCAUAUUAUAAAAGAGAACAAAGUUCCUUAUGUAACCAGAGAGCGAGAUGUGAUGUCACGGCUGGAUCACCCCUUCUUUGUUAAGCUUUACUUCACGUUUCAGGACGAUGAGAAGCUGUAUUUUGGCCUCAGUUAUGCCAAAAACGGAGAACUACUUAAAUACAUUCGAAAAAUCGGUUCAUUUGAUGAGACCUGUACCCGGUUUUACACAGCUGAGAUUGUGUCUGCUUUAGAGUACUUGCACGGCAAGGGCAUCAUUCACAGGGACCUUAAACCAGAAAACAUUUUGUUAAAUGAAGAUAUGCACAUCCAGAUCACAGAUUUUGGAACAGCAAAAGUAUUAUCCCCAGAGAGCAAACAAGCCAGGGCCAAUUCGUUUGUGGGAACAGCACAGUACGUUUCUCCAGAGCUGCUCACAGAGAAAUCUGCCUGUAAAAGUUCAGACCUUUGGGCUCUUGGAUGCAUAAUAUACCAGCUUGUGGCAGGACUUCCCCCGUUCCGUGCCGGAAAUGAAUAUCUUAUAUUUCAGAAGAUCAUUAAAUUGGAAUAUGACUUUCCAGAAAAAUUCUUCCCUAAGGCAAGAGAUCUCGUGGAAAAACUUUUGGUCUUAGAUGCCACAAAGCGGUUAGGCUGUGAAGAGAUGGAAGGAUAUGAACCUCUGAAAGCUCAUCCAUUCUUUGAGUCCAUCACGUGGGAGAAUCUACAUCAGCAGACACCCCCGAAGCUCACUGCUUACUUACCAGCGAUGUCGGAAGAUGACGAGGACUGCUAUGGCAACUACGACAAUCUCCUGAGCCAGUUUGGCUGUAUGCAGGUGUCAUCCUCCUCCUCCUCCCACUCCUUCUCUGCCUCGGACACAGGCCUGCCCCAGAGAUCAGGCAGCAACAUAGAGCAGUACAUCCAUGAUUUGGACACUAAUUCUUUUGAACUGGACUUACAAUUUUCCGAAGAUGAGAAGAGGUUAUUAUUGGAGAAACAGGCUGGUGGAAAUCCUUGGCACCAGUUUGUAGAAAAUAAUUUAAUACUAAAAAUGGGUCCAGUGGAUAAGCGAAAGGGUUUAUUUGCACGACGACGACAGUUAUUACUCACAGAAGGGCCACAUUUAUAUUAUGUGGAUCCUGUCAACAAAGUCCUGAAGGGUGAAAUUCCGUGGUCACAGGAACUCCGACCGGAGGCCAAGAAUUUUAAAACAUUCUUUGUCCACACACCUAACAGGACAUAUUACCUGAUGGAUCCCAGCGGAAAUGCCCACAAGUGGUGCAGGAAGAUCCAGGAGGUUUGGAGGCAGCGAUACCAGAGCCACCUGGACGCUGCUGUGCAGUGACAUGGCCUGCGGCCGGGCUGCCCUUUGCUGCCAGGACACCUGCCCCAGCGCGGCUCGGCCGCCAUCCGGGACGCUUCCAGACCACCUGCCAGCCAUCUCAAGGGAAUGCAGAAGGCGGAAACCUUGCAGCUUUUUUAUUUAAAAGAAAA